AUGAAAUUUUCUACUGGUGCUUUUGCUUUCCUUGCAUCCAUAUGCUUGCGUGAUGUAGCAAUCCAUUGCCAAGAAGGAGAUGCCAGUUGGUGGGAGUCUUUGCCCGAGGCCCAACAAAGAAAGUUGGCAUCGUUGUUUGAAUCAAAUUGGUUUGAAAAUGAGAUUGAUGAAGACAAGCGCAUAUCCUAUGCCUACUCUGCCCAACAAAUCUACGAUUUUCUUGCCACCAACAAGGACAGUAGUCCAAAUGAUUCCUAUAUUGGCUUCGCACCCCUUCUCUUGCGAGCCAGCUUUCAUGGAGCCGGCACUUACACCCAUGCAACGGGUACCGGAGGAAGCAAUGGAGGCACCAUUUUCAAUCAUGCCGAGUUGGCCGAUGCACAAAAUGGAUGCAUCGCCGGUGCCACAACCGAACUGGGUGUUCUCUUUCAUGGACAGAAGGAUGUCCCUCUUGCGGACACGAUGGUAAUUGCUGGAGUGGUUGCCUUGGAUUCUAUGGAUUUUCCUCGUAUGGAUUUGCUCUCGAUCACGGGUGGUCGUGACACUAUUUCUAAUGUCGCCAAUCGCGAUCGUUUGCCUUCGGCUGAUGACGAUCCAUUGACCCGGUUCACAAAACAAUACGACUUGACCGUCAGUCAAACGGUGGCCUUGAUCGGAGGUUCCCACAAUUUCGGAUCGGCCCAUGGUGACUGCAGUGGAUACGUUGGGCAAUGGACCGCCACUCCACUCAGUUGGUUCGGACCAGAUAGAAGCGACCCAUCCUUCUUUUCAGAUUUGCUGAAAGAGGAUUGGAGAUGGUACAAGGUUUGCACCUAUGCCAACGACACGGUCAGUUAUGCCAGCGUUGAGGAUCCGUUUGCCAACGGACUUCCAGAAGCAGAAGAAGCACCUGGGGGCGAGGUCGAUGCUUGUCUUGUGGCCUCUAGUGGCGAGGCCAUGCUUUGUGAAGAACAGGCCAUGCGUGGUUGCGAUUUUGAGGACGAUAUUUACGCCAUUGAUGCAUCUCCUUGUGAUGUCAACUUGCUGCAAAUGCGCCUCAAGAGUGACUUUUUUCUAAAGGCCAAUGAGGCCAUGAUGCCGUAUGCGGAAACUUUUGCUUCCUAUCCUGACGUGCUGGCCGAAGAGUUUGGCAAGGCCUACCACAAAAUUACUCACAAUGGACUUGAACGUUGUGGCUUGAGUGGUCAUGGUUGUCCAGAAGGGUACUCUUGUCAGCAGCUUGGCGAAAAUACUUUGACUCAAGCAUGCGUCUUGGAUACAGCCGAGCAGAAUGGUAGUAGUGCUGGAAACACCGAAGAUGAUCAAGCUUUGGGAACAUCUACCGCCGAAUCUGCUGCCUCCAGGUAUGCCGACGACGAUGAUGAUAGGGACACUGUCUUUAUUGGAUUGUUAGCAGUCGUAAUGUUCAUUGGCUGUGUCACCAUGGCACUUGUAUUCAUGGUAUUUGGUAAGCUGAACAAGGUCUUGGAGGGGACUGAAGAACAAUAA